AUGGAUCUGCUUCGAUCGAGCUUCCCAGACCGAAUCACAACUCAGAAGACUGUCGAGGAGCAUCCCAGCUUGUCUUUUGACCACGCAUUUCCGGGAGAUGAAGGUGACGACCUUGAUGAAGUCGAGCGCCCUGAAGAGGUAGUGCAGUGCGAUGAUGACUAUCUGGUGGGCGUCUCCGAGAUGCUUUCGCUCAUCCACGUCCGAGUCGAGCUGUACACCAAGUUUCGCAACGGCGUAUCCGUUACAAUGCCGAAGUACAUCGAGUGCAAGGGUCGUCUAGAUCAUCUCAGCACAUCAGAGAGCCUCCUUGAGGGAGCGCUUGCCGACCUGGCUCACGUGAAGCCUAUGAUAGCACGACUCAAAGCGCACCCAGAGCUUGUCAGCGACGCUAUCACUCGACGCGAGUUUUUUCAACUUGCAAGCAUCGUCAUCAAUGAGAGUUCUAUGGCCGUAAAAAUGUGGGAGAAGUUGGAGGAGGGCUUGGAGCAGCUCGAACAGCCACAACACGAUGCCGAUGUAUCGACUUCAAUGGACCCAGCGCUUGGUGUGGCAUACACCCCUUGGCAGAGUUAG